ACCAUCCCCACGCUCUCGUCCUCGUCUCCCUUCACAAAAGCCCCCUCGAUCUCUGCUCCGAAGAAACUUCUUCUCCUUCUCCUCCCACGCCAUUCUCAUCCCCCAAGAUCCCACGUCCUCGACCUCAGUCCCCACCGGGCGAGCACCGGCAUUAGGCGAGCGCUUCGUGUGAGUCGGAUCUGACUGGCGAGGCGGCGGCGUGUUCUUGGUGCGGAGGCAAGGCCGCGAAUCCAGGCAAGAAGUGCAAGAAGAGGAGGAGGAGGAUGGCGCAUCCGCGGGGCGGGGGAGGAAGGGUGCGGCUGCCACCGAUGAACGCGCUGGAGAUCCUGAGGGAGACGGUGCGCGUGCUGCGCAAGGACCCGCACGCGUUCACGUCCAUCCUGUUCCUGCUGCUCUGCCCGGCGUCCGGGUGCCUCCUCCUGUCCGCGGCCGCGCUGGACGGGGCCGUCGUGUUGCCUGUCGCGCGCAGGCUCCUCGUUGCCGCCGCGGCAUCGGGGCUCCCGCUCACGCAUUUCGUCAGGCAGCUGGCGCACCACCUCGCCGCCACGCUCGUGUCCGCCGUCGUGUCGUUCCCGGCGCUCCUCACGCUCCUCCUCGCCGCCCGCUCCGCCGUGGCCUACGCCGUCGCGGCCUUGUACGCCGGGAAGCCCCUCGCCGCGACCGACAUCAGCCUCCUGGCGCGCCGCGCAUGGCCGCGCCUCGCCGCCACGUACGCGGUCGGGUGCGCCGCCGUCGUCGCCGGCCUUGUCGCAUUUUUCGCCCUCCUCGUCACCGCCUGUUCCACGCUCAAGGCUAUGAUCUACCCGCCCGACAUUGUCGUCUGCGCCGGCCUCUUCACAGUUCUUGCCUACUCCGUGGUGUACGCGCACACUAUCAUAGUGUGCAACCUCGGUGGCGUCAUUGCCGUUCUUGAGGGCGUGGCCGGGGUCAAUGCGCUGCGCCGGUCUGUGGAGCUGAUGCGCGGCCAAACCCAUGUCGGGCUGUUCAUCUUUCUUGGAUCCACCAUUGGCCUGGCUUUCGUCGAGGGGCUGUUUGAGCACAGGGUGAAGACAUUGAGCUAUGGCGAUGGGUCGUCGCGGCUCUGGGAGGGGCCAUUGCUUGUCCUCAUGUACUCGUUCGUGAUGCUGAUUGAUUCGAUGAUGAGCGCGGUGUUCUACUUCACUUGCCGGUCAUCGAACUUGGACUUCUUGGACGAGGAGGGAUGCUCGGUUGAGGAGCUUGAGAUGAUGGUGGCUGGCAACUCAGAUGCUGUCAGGUGAUGAAGAAGAUUGGUUUGUUUCUCACAGUUGUAUCUGUUCAUAUGUCAUGGGGAAAUAAGUGAGAUGGUCAUGGCUAGGCUCCACGUAGAUUGGCCGGUGCUAUUGAUGGUUGUGGCGACAUGACUAUACACUUUAUGUGUAUGCUUGAUUGGUUGACGUUGUGAAUGGAGCCAUUUGUGAUCUUCCAUGGCUCCGUGCUCAUGUCAUGGCAGAUGUGGAAGAGAAAACAAGAGGGAGAUCUGUCAUGGGUGUGUUCUUGAUCAGACCAAGUUUUGGCACCGAUUCAAGAGCUGGUGAUGUGCGUAGCAUUCUUUCAAAAUGAUGUAACUAGUAUAUCAAUUUGAUUGUUGUGGAAUUUUUGUCGCCUUACAACAUUUUAGUUAUACUGGAUCAAACAUUUUCUGAUACUGAGGAAAUACAAAGGAUUCCAACACUUGAUUCUUGAA